AUGACUGUGUUGUAUAAUUUAUGUGAUAUUUUUGAUAAUUUAUGCCAACAAACUACUUUAAGCUUACCACCAUUAAAGCACAACUACUUGAAAAUUGAAUUUGAAAAUAGUGAUAAUAAUGAGACUGUUUAUCACGGUCAAGCACCAACACUACCUUUUGCUGCAAGUGAAGUGUAUGAUGUGCCUAUGUGCAAUUGGAGACAUCUUACAGUAGAACAUGCAGAUUGCAAAGCUGUUUAUGAAGUGACAUUUGAUAUUUCGAGUACAAAUUUGUCUUUCUGUCCGGGUGACACAAUAGGUCUGAUACCGAAGAACCUUGACGCUGAAGUUGAUUUUGUAAUUGAUCAUCUGGAUCUGACUUCAAUUGUAGACUGUAGUUACACUAUAACUGUUGACCAUGGUCAGAAGGGUGCUAGGACACCAGCUCAUGUUCCAGUUAAGUCAAGAUUAAGGCAUGUGCUUACACAUUGUGUUGAUAUAAGGGCUGUCGUAAAAAAGCUGUUUCUUCUAGCACUGUCAAGGUAUACAAAAGAUGAGAGGGAGAAAAUGGUACUUGAGUACCUUUGUAGCAAAGAAGGAUCCCCUGCCUACACAACUCAUAUAUUAAAUAAGAAUUUAUGUAUAUUAGACCUCUUUGCAAUAUUUAAAACGUGCAAACCGCCGAUAGAAGUGGUUUUGGAACAUCUUCCUAGAUUAUUACCUAGACCAUACUCUAUUGUGAAUAGUGCACUAGCUAAUUCUAAUCUACUGAAAAUUUGUUUUUCUGUAAUGAAUAUAGGUAAUAAUAGGAAAGGUCUUGUUACUGGCUGGUUAGAACAGAUAAUAAAGGAGCCCAGCCUUGAAGACUUGAUAACAAAUAUUAAUUUAAAAGAUGACAAAGUAACUCUAGUUCACAAAGUUCCGAUUUACUUAAGAAAGAAUAUUAAUCAAUUUAGUUUUCCUGAAGUUUGUACAAGUCCUUUACUCUUAAUUGGGCCAGGUACCGGGGUUGCCCCAUAUAUUGGUUUACUUGAGCAAAAGGAAUAUCAGGGUAAUAAGGAUCUGGGUAUGAUUUGGUUGUUUUUUGGAUGUAGAAAUCCAAAUCUAGAUUUCAUUUAUAAAAAGGAGCUUGAAAACUUUGUGUCUAAGGGUGUUUUGAAUAAACUAACCACGUCAUUUUCAAGAUGGGAAGGUUGCAAUAGUAAAAAAUAUAUUCAGGAAUCAAUACUGCAGAACGGUGAAGAAGUGUCGAAGCUACUAAAAGAAGGUGCAAAAGUUUACAUAUGUGGUAAUGUGAGGACUAUGGCGGCACAAGUGAAGGAAACUUUAGUGAAGUGUUUGGUCGAGUACACUAGCAACACACAGGAGGAAGCCGAAAAAUUUAUAAGUAAUUUGCAAAAAAAUAAGAGAUAUCUAGUUGAUUCAUGGAAUUAA